AUGUUGGCUGUGGGGCUCCUGCAGCUCUACAGGGGGGGGGCUCUAUGGAGAAGGUGAGGGUCAGACCUGGGAUAAAGAGUUCCAGUGUAAAGGUAAUGAGUCCCUUCUCCUGGACUGUGACACCUCAGACAGAGAGAAGAACACCUGCCUACCUGGUAAUGCUGUUGGAGUCACCUGCUCAGAGCCUGAUGAUGUGAGGCUGGUGGGAGGAGGCAGUCGCUGUGCUGGUGGAGUGGAGCGGUACGACCAGGGAGAGUGGAGGAUUGUGGGAUCUUUCUCUAACGUGAUGUCUAUAGCUGAAGUAGUGUGUAGACAGAUGGGUUGUGGGUCCACUGUUUCAGAACUACCUGGAAACACCACUAGAGGGUUUGGAGUUUUCUGUGAUGGGUCUGAGUCUUCACUGAGGGAGUGUUGGAGAAGUUAUGAUCUCCGUCCUGGACUCACAGUGAUCUGCUCAGAUCUCCUGGUCCAGCCUGAUAUCUUCCUGACUGACCCAAUGGGAGGGGUCUUCAGGGGCCACCAGGGGCCCGAGAUGUUCAGGGGCUACAACUUCACCAUCACCUGCUCCACUCAGCCACAGUACCCAGGAGGCUCCUUCCUCCUCACGUUCACCGGCUCCAACAGAACCCAGCCAGCUGUCAAUCACUCUGCUGCCUUCCUCUUCCCUGCUGCAGAUGACUCCCACCAAGGGAACUACAGCUGUGUUUAUGACAAUUAUGUUUUCUCUCAUAACUUCUCCUCUGAGAGUGAGCUCCUCUCCCUCACCAUCACAGCCUCUCCUCUGCCAGCCUUCAUCAUCAGACACGUUGUAGUGCUGCUGAUCCUACUGACAGCCAUCACCACCUCCUACCUGUACUACAAGCCCACCAGGAGGCAGAAGAGAGUGAACAGGGUGAGCAGCAUGGAUCUUUAUGUCAAUGCCAUGGAGAUGGUCUCUCUGAGCUCCAGAGCUGAAGCUGGACCGGGAGAGGAGAGAGCAGCCCAGGGGACGGAGUAGGAGUAGAAUGAAUCUGACCCUACAUGCUGAUCUUAGGUCAGUUUUGUGUUUUAAAUCGAUGGUCAACAGUGGACUGGUGUUUAAAAUGUGGUGAUAAACCUGAAGUGAUUCUAAUUUUAAUAACACGUUCAGAAUUAGUUUAUCUUUCUAGAACUUUGGAAGAAAUCUAAAAGUAGUGACUGCAACCACCAUUAUUCAUUUAGUUUGGUUUUUACCACCAGAGAAACAUGGGGUUUGGGUAACAUGGGGUUUUUGGGUACCAUGGGGUUUUGGGUAACAUGGGGUUUGGGUAACAUG